ACAGGAGCGGCCGCCGCCAGCCGGGGCCCCCGCCGGGGCCGCUGCCUUGCCGCCCGAGGAUGCCGUCGCCCGACGACGAGGACCGCGAGCGUCGCCGGAGCCGCCGGAGGGACCUUCUGCUGAGCCAGCUCUGCUUCCUGGCCUUGGUGGCGCUGCUGCUCUGGUCGCUGUCGAGCAUGCAAGAGCAUAAUGACCUCGACUUCAUGGACCUCCUAGGGGAAGACAGACAAUGGACGGUGGGGAGGAAGUUAAUGCAGGUGAACGAUACUCUGACUUCAGAAGAUGCAGGACUCCGGAGCAACAAGAACUGCACUGAACCAGCCCUGCACGAAUUCCCCAAUGACAUCUUCACCAACGAGGAUCGAAGACAGGGGGCGGUGGUUCUCCACGUGCUCUGCGCCAUGUACAUGUUUUACGCACUGGCCAUUGUGUGUGAUGACUUCUUUGUCCCCUCCUUGGAAAAGAUCUGUGAGCGUCUGCACCUCAGUGAAGAUGUAGCUGGAGCCACGUUCAUGGCAGCAGGGAGUUCGGCCCCAGAGCUGUUCACAUCCGUCAUAGGGGUCUUCAUCACCAAGGGUGACGUGGGAGUUGGGACCAUCGUGGGCUCUGCAGUGUUCAAUAUCCUGUGCAUCAUUGGUGUCUGCGGGCUCUUUGCUGGGCAGGUUGUGGCUCUUUCCUCGUGGUGCCUGCUGAGGGAUUCGAUUUACUACACGCUGUCUGUGGUCGCGCUCAUCGUGUUCAUUUAUGACGAACAAGUUUCCUGGUGGGAGUCUUUAGUCCUUGUGCUGAUGUAUCUUGUCUACAUCGUCAUCAUGAAAUAUAACGCUUGCAUCCAUCAGUGCUUCGAAAGGAGAACGAAAGGUACUGGAAACAUGGUCAACGGCUUAGCCAACAAUGCAGAAAUCGAUGACAGCAGCAAUUGUGACGCAACUGUGGUGCUACUCAAGAAAGCCAAUUUCCACCGCAAAGCGUCAGUGAUCAUGGUAGAUGAGCUGCUGUCAGCCUACCCUCACCAGCUUUCUUUCUCUGAGGCUGGACUUCGAAUCAUGAUCACCAGCCACUUCCCCCCCAAGACCCGGCUCUCCAUGGCCAGUCGCAUGUUGAUCAAUGAGAGGCAAAGACUCAUAAAUAGUAGGGCCUACGCCAAUGGAGAAUCUGAGGUGGCCAUCAAAAUCCCAAUUAAGCACACCGUGGAGAAUGGGACAGGGCCCAGCAGUGGCCCAGACAGAGGUGUGAAUGGGACUCGGAGGGAUGAUGUUGUUGCUGAGGCUGGUAACGAGACAGAGAAUGAGAAUGAGGACAAUGACAACAACGAGAAUGAUGAAGAGGAAGAGGAGGAUGAAGAUGAUGAUGAAGGACCAUACACACCAUUCGACCUCCCCUCUGGGAAACUGGAAACAGUGAAGUGGGCAUUCACCUGGCCACUGAGUUUUGUCUUAUACUUCACGGUACCCAACUGCAACAAGCCGCGCUGGGAAAAGUGGUUCAUGGUGACAUUUGCUUCCUCCACGUUAUGGAUUGCAGCCUUCUCCUACAUGAUGGUGUGGAUGGUCACAAUCAUUGGAUACACGCUGGGGAUUCCUGAUGUCAUCAUGGGGAUCACCUUCCUGGCAGCUGGAACCAGUGUGCCUGACUGCAUGGCCAGCCUCAUCGUGGCCAGACAAGAUUCGGCUAAACAGCAGAGGACUGAUCUACUCCGUGGGCUUACUCCUGGCCUCCGUCUUUGUUACGGUGUUUGGCGUUCACCUGAACAAGUGGCAGCUGGACAAGAAGCUCGGGUGCGGGUGCCUUUUCCUGUACGGUGUGUUCCUGUGCUUCUCCAUCAUGACAGAGUUCAACGUGUUCACCUUUGUGAACUUGCCCAUGUGCGGGGACCACUGAGCCGCCUGGCCACCCACCGAGCCUCAGUCCUUCUUUACUGUGCAAUACAAGACCCGGCCGCACCCCGAGUCACGCGGGCCCCCAGAGCCGGCACAUCCGGCUCUCCCGCGCUGUUCACAGGCCUCUGCUCCUGCCUUGGUGGCCCAGGCUGUUCCCACCCCUCCCUGCUCCCCCUCCUCCAUGGGUUUCUCUCACCCACCCCUUCCUGCCUCCUCCGUGUGAAGACUCUGACAUCCGCGUGAAUUUUCAAGCUCCAUUUUUGAACAGUGACUGAGAUUCUAGAAAAACUGGCUGCUAACUGGCCCAAGCCAGGCAAAACUUACUACAAUCCCUCCUCCUUUUUUAAGUUAUUGGAUGGAAGACAAACCUAAUUUAUGACCUGAGACUGUCGAAGGAAUAGAGAGGAGAGGGUGUAUUGAUGCUAGGGAGUGUUUGGGAUUUUGUUAUGUUUUGAGGCGAUACCUAGGUUACUACUGGGUUUGGGUGGGGUUGUUUCACUUUGGGGGGGCUCCCCUUUUUAUUCCUUUUCUUCCAGAGAUGGAGAACUUCUCUCGCAUCUUUCACCGGGCUCUGGAUUAGUGGAUGAUCCACAGGUUGUCCCCGCCAUGUCUUCUGGGAUCAAGCCCCAGGCAUGGUGGAACAUGCAUGAAUUUAGUGCUUAGUAGAGGAACAUCUGGGCGAGGCCACGGGGAACAGAUGCAUGAUGUUUCAUAUGCAAGGAUGCCUCCCUGAAGUCCUGUAGGCGUCAUCUAGGGGGCACAAGGCUUUUGAGGAAGAAGACAGCUUCCCACAUAUCCAUUAGGACAAUCAUUUUGUCACUAGGUUCCUUCUAGUCUUUCAAGCAAUAGUUCUAGCCUGCCUGAGGCCUUUGAUGAGGGGCCCCGGUUACACCACCCGUCCUGGAGGUGCCGGGAAGUCAGCGCCAGAAGUUUCCCAGCCCAAGAGUCCCUGAGAUGCGCUCUCAUCACUUGGUAUUCGGGGUGACAGGGAGAGACCCAGAGGCCACCACUGCUUUUUGUGCAGGAGCUAUAGACACUGGUUUCUUGGAAAACGGAGAGAAGCGCACUUUGCACAGACGUCGUCAAUAAAGUCCCAAUUUGCCACUCGGUAUUGAGUACACUGGACCCUGACAGCUGGCUUUUGGGCCAGCGUCCUUCCUCGUGGGACGCCUCCACCAAGCUGCCCCAGCUCCACCCCUCCCAUCCUGGAGGGAUGGCGAGGGAAGGAGGAUACAGAGAACUGACACCUUGGGAACCGCAGAAUGUGUUCAAUGCAGACUCGCUCAAGGGCAUAAGUUAUUGUGAACGUUGCUGCCAAUCACUGCUCAACAGCCCUGCUAGAUUUUGUAUGAUGCUGAAUUAUUAUGCAGACUAAUUCCACCGAGUUGAGACCCACCCAUGCUUGUUACACUUGUAUUUAUUGAAACUGUGGAUUCUUGCCCGUGCCGCCCCCUGUAUUUACUUUAAGCACUGAUCACUUAUCAUUCAUUCAGUAUGGUUUUCCCCCCGCCGUCCCUUGUACACAUUCUGGUAUGAAUUGUAAAAAUAACCUGCUACAAAUUGGUUGAAUGUUUCUGUCAAUGGUGCAAACCAAGGCCAGCGUUAGCCAGCCGACGAGGCACCUGCCCGAAGAAGGAACGGGAGAGGAAAUCACCAAUUUGGGCUCUCAGAGCUAAGACACACGUAUUGAUUCUGUUGCACAUUUUGCACUGGUUUAUGGAGAUUGUUUUCUUGGACGGAUAGUGUAAAAUAAACCUCUCUGUUCUAUAUCCUU